AUGAAACCUGGAUGUCAAAUUGUGGUUCAGAGAUCCCCAGUUUUUUUAUGUUUUUUACCAUAUUUUCAUGGUUUCCCAGUAAAUCUUGGCACUAAAUAUAGAAAUAUAUCUAGGAUAAGGUUUUACAAUGGUUCAUUAGCUCUUUUUUCCAAAAAAAAGCAUAGAAAUUUGGUAAUUCCUGAUUCAAUAAUUAAAGAGUCAUUUAGUGAUAAAAAAAUUUCAUUUCAAUAUAAUGUCUCCAGUGGAAAUUUGAUGGCAGCACUUGGUUGCUAUUUUGAAUUGAAGAAGACAGGAUGCCUUACAGGAUUUGACAUAACAAAACUUGUUAUGUUAAUGUAUCGACAUUUAAGAAAAAUAUCACCUAUAUCAGUGGAUGAUGAUAAUAUAAAGAAACUUUUAUUUUAUCUAGAAAAUAUUCUGAAUGAUGUUCGUUGUAAUUUUAUUUCUGAUCAUCCAAUGAUUUGGGUUAACGCAAUUUACAUUUAUACUAUUUUGCAGCUUUAUGAAACAGGAAAAAAGAUAUGGGAAUCUUUAAGAUCAAAAUAUGUAUCCGAACCAACAUCUUUUGAUUCUCGAGUUUAUGGUGCAGCAAUUAAAUUAUAUUCUGCUAUGGGAUCUCCAUUAACAGAAUGUGAAGAAUUGUUUGAAGAAGCAAUACAUAUGAUAAAUAUCAACAAAAUGAGAAAAUCAUUGAUUUUAUACGAAGGAAUUAUUAUAGCACGUAUUGAAAAUCAAGACAAAAAAAAAGCACUUGAAGGAUUACAAGAAUGUUUAAAUGAAUUCCGGAACACUAUCAAACCCGUUUUUUUAGAUUCUUUAGUUUAUAAUGCAGUAAAUAAAAAGGAUCCACAAUCUGUUGUUGAUAUUGUUUUUUAUGGUUUAAAUUCACACUAUAUACCAUCACCGGAAGCACUUAGCAAACUUUUUAAAGAAUUAUGGAUAUGUAAUCGAGAUUUAUUAACUAUUUUAAAGAUAUUUAAAAAAUAUAAUGAAGUUUCAUCUCAUAUACAUAUCGAACAUUUAAAUUUUAUUUUGAAUGCAUUAUUUAAAUCAACAAAUAGGGAAAAUCAAACCAAUGUAGCAAAUACAAUCGAAAAAGUAAAUAAUUUAUUGCAAAUAAUAUAUGAAUCAAACAUAUCACCUAGCAUCUCAACAUUUAAUACACUUAUUUCUGGAUACACUUAUCUCAAAAAAUUUGAUUAUGUUGAAAAAACAAUAGAACAAAUGAAACAGUCUAAUAUCCUUGAAAAUGAAGUUACAUUAAGAGUUAUAUUAAAAAAUUGCGGGGAAAAAGGAGAUAGUCUUGAAAAAAUAAAUGCAAUAUGGGAAAAAAUAGUUGAAUUGGCAUCAAAAAAUCAAAAAUAUAUUGAAGAAAAGGAUUGGAUAACUCUUUUAAAAAUACUACCUCAUUAUAAAGAAAAAGGAAUUGAUUUAAUGACGACAUUUUUGCAAAAAUAUAAAUCAAAAACACAUGAUUCUACUCUUAAAAAGAUAUGGCAUGAAUUUAUAAAAAUUCAACAUUCACUCAAUAAUUAA